CCUGCGGUCAGCUAAUGGUUCACACAAUCUAUUCUGUCUGAUCCGUUCAAGUAGCCCAACGACAGGGUGUACCGGUGGCACAAUAAAGCGCGUCGCAUAUUUAUUUGAUUCUAAACUGUUGGUGCCAAGUUUCAACAGUCACCAGACAUGGCUUUAGUGGGAGUUAGAGCUUCAUACCACAGGAUUCUUAACCAGAUAGAGUUUCUACUACCUGGUAAACUGAGACCCAUUUACAACCAUCCUGCAGGUCCAAAGACAGUUUUCUUCUGGGCACCAGUGUGUAAAUGGGGUCUUGUUUUUGCGGGUCUGGCUGAUAUGACAAGGCCAGCUGAUAAACUGAGUCUCUCUCAGUCUGGAGUACUCAUGACUACAGGUACCAACAGGAAGUAAAGAAGCAACAAGAAGCAGAGGCUGCUGAACUAAAAAUAAAGCCAUUGU